UAGGUAUAACUCUUACUUUUCUCAUUGGUUCUUAUCUCCACCUUCUUCAGAGAUACUGCUACGAUCGUAAAAAACCAAACACUUUCAUAAGUAGUAACCCGUAGAACCUGAAACUUUGGACUAUAGACAAAUCACAUGCUUGCUUUCCUUCUCGGAAACAAGCUUGUUUGUACGGGGUAUAUUACCUACUGCGUGAAUCGUGGGGUUAAACAGUAAGUGGAACAUGUCCUUAAUGCGAGCGCUGAGCUCUACCACAGUCCCUCUGGCCCACGGUCUGCACAUGCCAUUGUUUGGAUUAGGCACUUCACACCGCGGCGGCUACUGUCAUGAAGCCAUUGUGUAUGCACUGACCGAGUGUGGCGUGCGCCACAUAGACACAGCAAAGCGCUAUGGCUGUGAAGAGGAACUGGGCAAAGCAAUCAGAGAGAGUGGGAUACCAAGAAGUGAUCUGUGGAUCACAAAUAAACUUUGGCCAGGGGAUUAUGGACACACAGCUGCAAAGAUGGCCUGCCUCGACUCCUGCUCUCACAUGGGGCUGGAUUAUUUUGAUCUGUACCUGAUGCACUGGCCAGAAUCACUGCAACCUGGAUGCUCCAACAGGAAGGUGAGAGCUGAGACCUGGAGAGCUUUGGAAGAACUUUAUGAAGAAGGAGUGUGCCAUUCUAUUGGAGUGAGCAACUUCAUGGUCAGCCACCUGGAGCAGUUGCUGGAAGACUGUAGUGUAGUGCCACAUGUGAAUCAGGUGGAGUACCAUCCUUUUCAGCAACCCCAUGAACUGAUAGAUUACUGUCGUCAAAAGGGAAUCGUGUGUGAAGGGUACAGUCCAUUGGCUAAAGGUCAAGUCCUCAGCAACCCCACAAUUCUCCAGAUAGCAGAAAAGUACAGACGGACGCCUUCUCAGAUCUGCAUACGCUGGAGUAUUCAGAACGGAGUUGUCACAAUACCAAAAUCCACCAAAAAGAACAGGAUCAAAGAAAACUGUCAAGUUUUUGAUUUCCAGUUAGAAGCGGCAGACAUGCUUGCCUUAAGAGAACUGCACGAUGGACGACAUGUUUCUUGGGACCCAACAAACAUUGAAUAACACACCUUGUCUUUUCUAAUUGUGUGUGCACUUGGCUAAUAAUAAAAAUCUUGAUUGUAA